AUGGUCCAGCAGCACGGCUCACUGGAACAAAGAGUGUUCUCCAGGUUGAGUCUUCUGUAUCAUCGGCCCGAUGACCCCAUCAGCUUCCUGCAGAGCUGCCUGAUCAGGACCAGACAGAUGGGGGGUGCUGAGGCUGUCACCUGGGACACUUUCAUCCACCUGGACAGAGACCAACUGAGACCAGGACCCCCAAUUUCCUCCAUCGACCAUGAAACUUCCUCAGGACCUCCCCAAACAGCAACUGAACCCAGAGUCCUCCUCCCAGCUCCACCUGGACCUGCAGGAACUCCACUUGUCCCCCCACCUAUCCCUCCUCCUGUUCACACUGAGGUGAAGGAAGAGGACACAAAGACCUGCAGGGUCUGGUCUCAGCUCUCCAUAGACUCAGACUCUGACAUGACGGAGAGUUCUGGACUCCUGCAGGAAGUCAGCAUCCCCCCUCCCCAGAGGCCACGCCCACUCAUCAUCUUCAUCAUUGGUGGACCAGGAAGUGGAAAGGGAAGUCAGACAGCGAGGUUAGCUUGCUGCUUCGGACUCAGAGCUGUCUCAUUGGAUGACCUGCUCAGGAAGCAGCUGCGCCAUGCCUCCCCCAGCAGGAAGUGGGAGGUUAUUUCAGAAAUGAUGAGUAAUGGAGAGUUGGGACCACAGGAAGAGACAAUCACAGAGCUGAGGCAGCAGCUGAUUGGUCUGCAGGAGGUCAGAGGAUUCAUCGUGGACGGAUUCCCUCGGGAUGUCCACCAGGCCCUGAGCUUCCAGGAGCAGAUUGGCUCUCCUGACCUGGUGAUGCUGCUGCUGUGCUCCAAUGAGACGCUGAGCUGUCGUCUGCAGCAACGAGCCACUCGACUCGGUCUCCUAGGAAACAGUAAGAGCACCUUUCAGAGACGCCUGGACACGUUUCAGAGAGACAUCAUCUCUGUCCAGAGAUACUACAAACAGACACACCUGCUGACACAGGUGGAUGCAGACAGAGAGGAGGAGGUGGUGUUUGCUGAUCUGAGUUCAGUCAUAAGAGAAAAACUGCAGCUGGAGGAUCAAUCAGAUCCCACUGGUAUCCCAGAAUGCAGCAGUGCCAUCUCUGAUGUCUUUAACAUCAGAUGUGUUCAUUAA